CAUCGUAUCUGCUGCUACUGCAGCGCAUGUAAUAGCAAAAAGUCGCGUCCUUUCCAAAUUCCAGUUGCCCAUAUCGUAUCUGCAGCGGCAGCAGCGGAGCAGAUUAGCAGCAGAUUCUCAGAGGGGAAAGGUGGCAGCAAUGAGAUGACAAAGUUUUAAUUUUUAGUGGGAAAUUUGAAUUCUGGGGUUUUACUGUUUUGGAAGUUGAGAUCAACGGUCUCAUUUCUUGCCAAGCAGUGGAAGUAGUUCGAUGGCGGAUACAUCCCAUGGGCCUGCCAGCUUCUGGACUCAGGCCAAUGCUCUGCUCAGAAAGAACCUAACUUUCCAGAAAAGAAAUAUCAAACAGAAUAUUCGGCUAGUUUCAUUUCCAAUUCUCCUGUGUCUAAUGCUCGUUCUCGUCCAAAAAUUGGUCAACAAUGAACUGGAUAAGGCCGAAAACAGGUGUGGUUGCAGUUGUAUUGAUACAAACGGCGAUGGUAAGUGUGAGGAAGUUUGUGGACUGGAAUACUCAAGUUUAACACAAGGGACCAGUUGCCCCAUUCCUGAUCCUCCACAAUGGCCUCCAUUGCUACAAGUGCCAGCUCCUAAAUAUCGAGCCGUCAUUUCUGAUGGUAUUCCAUAUACAGACUUGCCAAGUGAGUCUUGUAAGAGGACAGGAUCCUGUCCUGUAACUGUACUGUACGGGAAAAAUCAAUCUCUUGGAGAAGUUUUGGCUGGGAAUAUGUUCAGAAGUUCUUCUACUCUGAAUUCAUCUGAUCCGGAUUAUUUAGCCCGUAGUGCUUCAGGCUCAGAAUCGAUGCCUGAGUAUUCCAACUUCCUUGAUCCGGCUUUCUAUUGGGAUCUUCCCCUAUAUAUUGUUCAGAGCCAAUGCCCACAAAACUCUAUAUAUUCUGUUCUAUAUAACAUAUCAUCCAUUGAGAUCCAACAAGAGGUUAGAUGCGUUCAAGGUUUACAUUUGUGGCGGAAUAGUUCCUCUGAGAUAAACAGUGAGCUCUAUAAAGGUUACAAAAAGAGCAAUUCAGAGAGGAAGAUUAAUGAAAUACUUUCAGCCUAUGAUUUCUCUAACUCAAAUGAGAACAAUUUUAAUGUAAGCAUAUGGUACAAUUCAACCUUUAAGAAUGACACAGGCAGUGCUCCUAUUGCUUUGUUGCGCCUUCCACGCUCAGUGAAUCUGGCAUCCAAUGCAUACCUUCAGUCUGUACAAGGAUCUGGUAUGGAGAUGCUGUUUGAGUUUGUGAAAGAAAUGCCCAAGACUGAAACCAAACUCAGGCUGGAUUUUUCUUCUCUUCUUGGUACACUCUUCUUUACAUGGGUCAUUUUACAGCUGUUCCCGGUUGUUUUGACGUCCCUGGUCUACGAGAAACAACAGAAACUGAGAAUCAUGAUGAAAAUGCAUGGGCUCGGUGAUGGACCUUAUUGGAUGAUUUCUUAUACUUACUUUUUUACAAUAUCUUCAAUCUACAUGCUGUGCUUUGUUAUAUUUGGCUCGGGUAUAGGGUUAAAAUUCUUCUCAAUGAAUGACUACAGCAUCCAAUUUGUAUUUUACUUCAUCUAUAUAAACUUGCAAAUAUCGCUGGCUUUUCUAGUAGCUGCAUUGUUUUCAGACGUGAAGACUGCUGCAGUUAUUGGUUACAUAUUUGUCUUUGGAACUGGGCUUUUGGGAGCCUUUCUUUUUCAAUUUUUUGUUCAAGAUACAUCAUUCCCUAGAGGUUGGAUCAUCGUUCUGGAAUUAUAUCCCGGCUUCUCUCUAUAUCGUGGGUUAUAUGAGUUUGCCCAAUAUUCGUUUAAUGGAAACUAUAUGGGGACUGAUGGGAUGCGGUGGGGAGAUUUGAGUGACAGCGAUAAUGGGAUGGCGGAGGUUUUGAUUAUCAUGGUUGUCGAGUGGUUUGUGGUGCUUCUUUUUGCAUAUUACGUAGAUCAAGCUGUGUCAUCAGGAACUGGGAAGGGUACUUUCUUUUGCUUCCAACGCUUUACGAAGAAGAAACUGCCAUCCCUUAGGAUGCGUAGUUUGCAAAGGCAGGGAUCUAAAGUUUCUGUUGAGAUGGAGAAACCUGAUGUCGUUCAAGAGAGGGAGAGGGUUGAAAAGUUGCUACUGGGUUCAGAUACAACGCAUUCAGUCAUCUGCGACAACCUCAAAAAGGUUUAUCCUGGAAGAGACGGAAACCGAAAAAUUGCUGUGAGAGGGUUGUCUCUUGCUUUGUCUCGAGGGGAGUGCUUUGGUAUGCUUGGCCCUAAUGGUGCUGGGAAGACCUCUUUUAUCAGUAUGAUGAUUGGUCUCACAAAGCCAACCUCUGGCACUGCAUACGUUCAAGGUAUGGACAUCCGGACUCAGAUGGAUGAAAUAUACACCAGCAUGGGUGUUUGUCCACAGCAUGACCUGCUAUGGGAAACCUUGACGGGAAGGGAGCAUCUGUUAUUCUAUGGAAGACUUAAGAACCUCAAAGGUUCUGUAUUAAAACAAGCAGUGGAAGAAUCUUUGAAAAGUGUCAAUCUAUUUCACGGCGGGGUUGCAGACAAACAAGCUGGAAAGUACAGUGGAGGCAUGAAGAGAAGGCUUAGUGUUGCAAUCUCACUUAUAGGGGAUCCCAAAGUUGUUUACAUGGAUGAGCCCAGUACUGGACUUGAUCCAGCUUCAAGAAACAACUUAUGGACUGUUGUGAAGCGUGCAAAACAAGGCCGGGCAAUCAUCCUAACCACACAUUCCAUGGAAGAGGCGGAGGUUCUGUGUGAUCGCUUAGGAGUUUUUGUGGAUGGUAGCUUGCAGUGCAUUGGAAACCCGAAAGAGCUGAAAGCAAGAUAUGGAGGAUUUUAUGUGUUCACAAUGACAACAUCUUCGGAUCACGAGCAAGAGGUGGAGAACAUGGUGCGGAGUCUCUCCCCAAGUGCUAACAGGAUAUACCAUCUAUCCGGAACCCAGAAGUUUGAGUUGCCAAAACACGAGGUCAGAAUUGCAGAUGUGUUUGAAGCAGUUGAGAAUGCAAAGAGCAGGUUCACAGUUUUCGCUUGGGGUCUAGCCGACACCACAUUGGAGGAUGUCUUCAUCAAGGAUGGAAGCCAAGGCUCAUAACAAGGUCACUCCGGUGAACCUAGCCCACCACACCCACUGGAAUAUCCGCGGGCAAAGCAGUGGCGGCAUCCUCUCGCACAGGAUCCAGAUUUUUGGGUCCAGGGUCACACCGGAUAAUGACCAACUCAUUCCCACAGGUGAAACUGUCCUUAUGAAAGGAACACCCUAUGAGUUCCUUUAGCCCCAAGAAAUUGUAAGCAAGAUCAAUGGGCUGCCUGACGGAUAUGACAUCAACUGUGCGCUUGACCCUUCGAGGCUUCUGAGUCACAAGCAUUUGAGGAAGGCAGCGGCGUUGCAUGACAGUGUGUAGGGGCGACAACUAGAGCUGUGGACCGACAUACCAGGGCUGCAGUUCUACACAAGUAACAUGUUGGACAAUGUGAAGGGGAAAGGCGGAUCGUGUACAAAAACACGCCGCGGUGUGCUUGGAGACGCAGGGUUUCCCAGAUACUGUGAAUCACCCAAAUUUCCCUUCCCGGGUCAUAAACCUGGAGAGACUUAUUUGCAUCUUAUGCUUUAAAGGUUUACAGCUUCCUAGAGCUAGCAUUUGAGAAAUCCAGUAGUUUAAGAGACGCAUUUGGAAAAAUUGGUCUUAGUAAAUUUAGCUCUGCAGAAAUUUAUUUGAUUACUAAUAUAACAUGUUAUGUUGUUAGACAGUCAAUUUUAUAACGUUAAAUGACUCGAUUGAGUUAAAGAUGUGAAACUUGGGUAGGUAGUUCUGUCGUCAAUCAACAAGGGGAAAGGGUACCAACCAAUCCAUGCACCAAAUUGGCUGGUAACAAAACUCAGCCAAAAUUUGACACCAAACUUUUCUCCAGCAACUUGUACAAAAA